UCCAAGAUGGCGGCGGGUUGCUGUGGGGUGAAGAAGCAGAAACUGUCCAGUUCGCCCCCCUCUGGCUCGGGUGGCGGUGGUGGCGCCUCCUCCUCCUCCCACUGUAGCGGAGAGAGCCAGUGCCGAGCUGGGGAGCUGGGACUAGGAGGCGCCGCUCCGCGGCUGAACGGGCUGGGAGCACUAACCGGAGGAGGUAGCGGCGGUGGUUGUACCCUCUCUCCCCCUCAGGGCUGCGGCAGCGGCGGCGGGGGGAUCUCCCUGUCGCCACCUCUGAGCUGCGGAGUGGGAACCCUACUUUCUACUCCGGCCGCCGCCACCGCCUCCUCGCCCCCUUCAUCGUCUGCCGCUUCGUCCUCAUCCCCGGGCUCCCGGAAGAUGGUGGUGUCAGCGGAGAUGUGCUGCUUUUGCUUCGAUGUGCUCUACUGUCACCUGUACGGAUACCAGCAGCCCAGGACCCCCCGGUUCACCAACGAGCCCUACCCACUGUUUGUAACAUGGAAGAUUGGUCGAGACAAAAGAUUGCGAGGAUGCAUAGGUACUUUUUCUGCCAUGAAUUUGCAUUCAGGACUCAGGGAGUACACACUUACCAGUGCCCUUAAAGAUAGCCGUUUUCCCCCAAUGACAAGGGAUGAGUUGCCACGGCUUUUCUGCUCAGUGUCUCUGCUCACUAACUUUGAAGAUGUCUGUGAUUAUUUGGACUGGGAGGUGGGUGUGCAUGGCAUUAGAAUAGAAUUCAUCAAUGAAAAAGGAUCAAAACGCACCGCCACCUACCUACCGGAGGUUGCAAAGGAGCAAGGAUGGGACCAUAUUCAGACCAUAGACUCUUUACUGAGGAAAGGAGGAUACAAAGCGCCAAUUACUAAUGAAUUCAGGAAAACCAUAAAACUGACCAGGUACCGUAGUGAAAAGAUGACCUUGAGUUAUGCUGAAUACCUUGCUCAUCGCCAGCAUCAUCACUUCCAAAACGGCAUCGGGCAUCCCCUUCCACCAUACAACCAUUAUUCCUGACACUGAGCCGCACAACCAGUCACUCGGCCUCUCUGCAGACCUCUUCCCAGGAGACCCUACACCUUCUUGGUCUAGCUAUCUCUUUUACUGUACCAUUUUAUGAUGAUAGUUUCCGUUGCCAUGGUGAAGCUUCAACAUCAUCAAUUAAGAUCAUCAUGGUAACGGGUAGGAAAAUGGCAUUUAAGAAGAUCCUGUUUAUUAUUUUAGAUAAUUGAUUUUUUUGCAGCAUAUACAACUUUUGGAAUUUUGUUUCCUUACAAUAGUUAUAUUUUUUGCUUUGCUAUCUCAAUCAGGUUUCUUUCUGUCCUUCCCUCCUUUUCUUCUUUUUCUUCCUUCCCUACUCUCUUCUUUUGACUGUGGAUGGAAGAAAGUAAGCAGUUUUGAGGGUUUUAUUUACGUUUGUUUUUAGUUUUCCUAAGUAAGGUAGUCAUUUUUUGAUAGUGGAGUUUGAGAGUAAUUUAUAUCAAAUUCAGGUAUUUGUAUAUUACUCUUGAAUUUGCCUAAAAUUCCCUUUGCUAUGACAGCCUAGUAUUUGUAUUAUUAGGUACUUGCUUUCCCCAUGGUUGAAAUAUAUGAGCUUUAGUUUUAGUAGCAAAUAUUUGAAGAUCCAUGAUAGGGCUUGUCACAGAGAGUAAGAAACCAUUAUGCCUACUGUGCUGGUUAUCCUAGAAAAGACUGACUCAUCACUUUGGAGAUUGAAUUUACAAAUGGAAGCACUGUUUUAUGAAAGCAUAAACUACCUUUCAGAUAGGCUCCAGAAAUCAUUUUGAAGAACAGCAAGUAUUAGGAAGAGAUCAUAUGCAGAAUUUAGUGCCUUCAAAAAGAAUAUAAUUAAACGGAAUUAAAAGGGGGUGAGAAAAAGGCAAUUUAGAGAAAUAUUCUUGUAAACUUUUAUUGUUUCUAUACAAGGGACAAAAGAUUAGACAAAAUACCUUACUCUGAAGUAUUUUUUUAGCUAAAAAAUUUAUUUUGAGCAAAUAACCAAAAAAGACAUUUGUCUAUUUUGUAUUAAUUUAAAUUUGUUAGCUUUAGGUUAAAGUAAGUCACAAUUGGCCAGAAACAAUUUUAGCUACCAUCUAAAGAUAGAAUAAAUAUAAUCUAGUGAAACAAAAGUACAUAGAUAACAUAAUUUCAAAUUAGUUUAUGUCAUGGAGACAAUGCUAGAAUUUCAGAGAUGCUAUAACAGAGUUUGAAUCUCUUUCUGCACUACAUACUUUUGAUAGAAACACAUUUACUAUGUUGGUAUAAUUUUAUAUUAUACCUGUAAAGAUGGAGUUGCCAUUCAGGUAUGCUAGGUAGAGCCCAGCUCAUUUGUAGGUCUAGGCCUUCCAUAAUGCAUACAAAGAAAUCUUACUGAUGUCAAUGAGAGGCAUAUCCCCAGGAAAAAUCACAGAUGACUCUGGAGGAAGUUGACCUUUAUGAUAUUGAUCAUG